GUAAAGCAUAUACACAUAUAUAAAUAUAAAUAUAUAUUGUAAUGUGGAAACGCGUCUUUUGGAGUGUGUUGGGUCUUGGUUUCUUACCUGGCCUGAUGGCGCAGAAAGCUGAAGACUAUCGAAUCACUCAUUUACCUGGAAUUGACGUCAAUACACUUCCAAGCACACAGUAUGCUGGUCAUGUCGAGAUAUCUCCCGAGACCAAUGGUCAUUUGUUCUUUUGGAUGAUUGAACAAGCUCAGACUACCUCACCUGAUAAACUUAUCAUCUGGUUGAAUGGUGGCCCGGGAUGUUCUAGUAUGGACGGUCUCUUUCUUGAGAAUGGCCCAUUUAGAGUCAACAAGGACAUGUCAUUGAGUGUAAGUCCAGGAGGAUGGCAGGAUUACGCAACUACUGUAUUUUUGGAUCAGCCAGUAGGAACUGGGUUCAGUUUUGCAGAAACAAUUAGCUACACCAAGAACCUCACUCAAAUUGCUAAAGACUUUACGGUUUUUUUGGACGAAUUUUUCGAAAUCUUUCCCGAUCUCAAAUCCAAGGAUAUGUAUAUUGCUGGAGAGAGCUAUGCCGGAACUUAUAUCCCAUACAUUGCUUCACUUAUGCUUGAUCAAAAUGCUAUUAAGGAAAGAGAGGCAAGUCUAUGUAUUUUAUAUAAUCUCAAGGGAAUUGCGAUUGGCAAUGGUUGGAUUUCACCCCGUCAUCAUUAUGAUGCUAUAUAUGACUUUGGUGUACAGAACAAUAUACUUGUGGGUCCAUACAAGGCACUCGCAGAUAAACAUUUGGAUAGAUGCCACACACUACUUGACCGCAGCUCGAGAAUCAGUAUAGAGACGUGUGAACAACUGAUGUCAGACAUUCUGGAUAGUUCGACCUAUGAAGAAAAGGGCCAACAGUACUGUGUGAAUCAAUACGAUAUCCGGAUAAAGAACGAAGAAGCUCCGAUGUGUGGCCAAACGUGGCCACAUGAAUUAACACAAGUAACUGAAUACUUGAGGUUGCCUGAAUUGGUUUCAUCUAUCCAUGCAAAAAAGCAGUCUUUGGGAUGGGUUGAAUGUGCUCGAAGUGUAUCGUAUGCUUUGGAUGACGAUAAGAGUCCACCUUCAUUUGAUUUGCUGCCUUCUAUUCUCAAGGAGAUCCCUAUCUUGCUAUUCAGUGGUGAAUAUGAUCUGAUCUGCAACCAUCUUGGGACAGAAUACAUGAUUGGAAAUAUGACAUGGAAUGGAAAACAAGGUUUCAAGUCUGCAAAGAGCGAGGAUUGGUUUAUGGAUGACAAAGUAGUCGGCCAGUACACAGAGGACAGAAACCUAACCUAUGUAUUGAUCAAAGACGGAAGCCACAUGGUGCCAUAUGACAAACCCCUCGAAACGUUGGAUAUGAUCAAUCGAUUCAUUGGCGCUGGCGACAACUCCGUUGUUGGGAAAUCCAGUCGCGUGGGUCCAUCUAAUGGCAGUAAUGGCAGUAAACCUCCUCAGCCUGCUAAGCCUCAAGCCAAACCAACCACUUCAAAGACCCAAGACGAGUCUAAAACAAAGACACCCGAAGAAAAUGAAGAAAAGCCAAAGGAACCAACAGAUAAAGGCACCCCUGAAGACGAAACAAAAAACUCUGACUACUGGGAACAGUAUUACAGCUGGGGAACAUCUGCAUUGAUUUUUGUAAUUCUUUUUGCUGCUCUUUUGGGUUACUGCUGGUACCGGUCCCGAAAGCAAGACCGUGGUAACUACAGCUCAGCACCUUCCCGUAGUACUCAGGCCCCUUCUCGGGGUAUUAUGGGUCGUAUUGCCGGGUUCUUUACUGAAUGUCAAGUUACCCCUAAACCCAAGUUUCGUUUAAAUGACCCUUAUGAUGAUAAUGAACUAGAGGAAUUAGUGGUUGAGACACCUACAUUAUUUGUCGCUGAAGAAUCUGAUGGGGAAGACCAUCCAAACUCAUCAACCUCAUCACCAUCUCAUGCUGCUGGUAGUGCUGUACGUUCAUCUAAUAAUACUUCACCCAGUCGUUUUGCAGCCAAUUAUAAUGAAGAAAAUACGGACGAUGACUUUGAUGACUUUGCUGAUUGGGACGAAAGUAGCAGUCUUGUGGAUGUGGACCAUAAGCAAGGAAAGAAACAUUAAGAUGUCUAUAUCUAAUUUUACUCUAUAAACAUAGAGAUAAAGCAAAAAAAAAAAAAA